UGAAGUACAGUACAACACUUACAGUAGUCGAGUAAAGUAACACCACACGGUGACGCUAGAAGACUUCCUGAAAAGAUGAACACUUGAGACAAAGUAAUUGCGUUCAUCAUUUUUGUCCAGCCCGAGGCCCGUAGUGUUGUCACAGAAAUCCAACAUGGCGUCCACAGUUAGCAAGCUAGCAAGCAAGCGGAAUGUAAACUGCUGUAAUUAGAUCAGGAGAUAUGAAAUGAAGUUAAGCUGCGACCUGCCGAGAUAGUUAGGCGAGUGUUCACGAAAUGAAACGAUUAGCAUUAGGAAUAUUGCUUUUGUUUCCGAAAAUUCCUCGCCACCACGCUCUCUGACUUGGGACAUUUUCUGGCACGCCAGGCAUGAUGGCUAGAUAGCGUUUUAAAAGAAGCAUCAUGAAUUUGCCUGCUUGUUUAAAUAGACAGUCAGUAAGACAGCUUGUGCAUCAAUAUAUUUAUUUAUUUAUUUUUUAGCUAGCGUACAUGUUAGCCAGCUGACUAGCCAAGAAUUGCCCAUUAUAGGACGAUGUGUAGGCGAUGUGGGUUGUUAGCCAAGUUAGCAGCGAGCUACGCAGCCACCGACUCUGCAGUUUCCCAUUCAAAGUAUCAGUCUAAUUAAUUUGCUUUUGUUGUUGGUGAUCAUGACGGAGGUGACCCGUGACGAAGAGCUGCGCCCUGUACCGAAAGAGAGGGCGAUCCUGGAGAGCUACUUCACCCAGCUCGGGAUAUUUUCCUUCGACAGAGCGAAGGAUUAUGUGGAGAAAGAGAAGGACAACAGCAAAAGCGCUGGGGCCAUCUGGGCGUCUCUCCUCGCUGCUCUGGCCCAUCUGGCUGCGGCAGAGAAAGCCUACCACAACAUGACUUUCCUGGGACAAAAAAUAGGUGGGCAGUCUUUUUUCAGCCGGAAGGACUCCAUCAGGACCAUCUACACCUCGCUGUACAACGAGCUGAAAAAGGUGGUGAUGACAGGGCGCAACGUGGCCGGGGGCACGGCGCCCUACCUGGAGGACCUGCUAUCCCACCUGGCCGAGCAGCUGUGCUACUUCAUCCAGGCCCGCAUGGAGAUCGCCGACUUCUACGAGAAGAUGCACUCGCUCAGCAGCCAGAAGUCCAUCAACUCGGAGGAGCUCGUGAGCGUGCUGCAGUCAGUUCUGCAGAAGUACAGCUCCAGGUUCCACCACCCGAUCCUGAGCCGGCUGGAGAGCAGCUUCCAGGUGGAGGUGGACGUGCUGCAGCAGCUGCUGCAGUGCCAGGCGGAGAUCUCCGAGUGGAAGUUCCUGCCCUCCCUGCUCAACCUGCACAGCGCCCACUCCAAGCUGCACGGCUGGGGCCAGGUGUUCGAGAAGCAGCGCGAGACCCGCAAGCACCUGUUUGGCGGCCAGGUGCAGAAGGCCGUGCAGCCGCCGCACCUGUACCUGUGGCUGCUCAGGCUCCAGAACGCCCUGCUGGCCAAGUUCAGCUUCUACUUCCACGACGCGCUGAGCCGGCAGACCACGCUGUCCGAGAUGAAGGCCCUCACCGCCAAGACCUUGCCCGACUACUUCGGCAAGAUCUCCGGCUUCAUCCGCAAGUACGACGCCAUCAACGUCUCGCUAAUCUUCGACAACCGCGGCUCGGAGAGCUUCCAGGGCCACGGCUACCACCACCCGCACUCGUACCGCGAGGCGCCCAAGGGCGUGGACCAGUUCCCGGCUGUGGUGUCGCUGCCCAGCGACCGGCCCGUCACCCACUGGCCCAACGUCAUCAUGAUCAUGAGCGACCGCGCCACCGAGCUCAACACCCUGGACAAGGUCGUGCACUUCUACGACGACAAGGUCCAGAGCACCUACUUCCUGACCCGGCCUGAGCCCCACUUCACCAUCAUCAUCAUCUUCGACUCCCGGAAGUCGGAGAAGGAUUCGCACAUCGUCUCCUUCCUGCAGGAGCUCUCCAGCUCUCUGAGGAAUUCCAAGCCCUUCACCUUCCUGAAGCCGGGGUCAAAGGGCUGAGUCCAGGCCUCAGGGCUCCAGGCCCCAGGCCCCAAAUGCUGCUUCACUGAGCGGAAGCACAGCAGAGAGGCUUUCAGUCAGUUCUUGCUCAGUUUUUAACUGU